UCAGAGCAAGAAGCAUAACAUUGCUGCAGCGGAGGAGAGCCGCUCUUUGCACAGGUGUCCUAGCUGGUUAAUGUGAAUUGUUCGUGUGUGUUCAACAUGUGUAUAGGUCUGUGUACAGGAAUGUUUUGCACAGGGUAACUUUUGUUAAGCUAACAAACAGGGGCGGCAUUAGCUCGUUUGCUAAGCUUAGCUCAGGUUAGUUUCUCGUGUAAGUUGUCCAGUGUGCAGCAUCAUGGUUUAUUUUCCUCUGCUUUGAAGGGCGUGUUGUGCUUCUGCUGAUUUAAGCUUCAUUUAAGGUUCAUUUAAUCGAUGGCUCGUCAGAGAGUCAUUUUAACGCAGUCCGAGUGGAAAAAGUAGCGCGUCGUUCCGAAAGUCAUGAAGGAGUUUUUGAGGAAGAUACACAGCGUCUUCCUAAAGGUCGCCCUGUUUCCAAGCACAUUUGGCAGGACUGGCCCGCGGCCAGCUGCCUCGGAGGUGCUGACCUGUCACCUGCUGCAGCGUAAACUCCCGCCGUGGACUUCAUACUGUGUCCGCUACAGCUCGGUCCACAAUGACCAGUUUGGACUGUCCAACUUUAACUGGAGAGUUCAGGGAUCCAAUUACCACAUACUGAGAACAGGCUGCUUCCCCUUUAUAAAAUAUCACUGUACCAAAGCACCUCCACAGAACCUGGACUUUGAGGACAAGUUUUUCACCAUGUUGAAAGUGAUUAAUCUGGGCAUCCCUUGUUUGGCCUAUGGCAUUGGUUGCUGGAUGGUGGUGGGAGCUGCAGAAACAGUGCAGACAAGUGUCGGACCUGUCACAGUCUAUUUCGCCUACAAGGAAGAAGAAGGCGCACAGUAUUAAACCUUGUUUUGACUGCAUCUUCAAGAGAGUAUUAGCCACAAAGCUGCUGUAUUUACAACAUCUCCCCAGGUCAUGUUCUGUGGACAAACGUGCCACCCUGUGUCACUACUGCUCCCAUUGUGUGACAGUACAGGUUCAUUUGUGUUUAAUUAUUAAAGAUUUAAAGUUGCAAUGGAGGAGUCAGUUAUGCAUGUUAUUGCACUGACAUACAAUACUGACACUGUUUAUUCAGAAAGCUGACUUUCCAUUAAAAUUUAAUUGAAAGUUUAGGAUUUCUUCAAGAAUAGACUGUUUGACACAGUGGCUUUUCCUGUGUGUUUCAUUUACAGCCUACUGUAAAUGUGGGUUUUUACUCUUGAGUUUAUUGUAAGUUUAUUUUUGCAAAAAAAUAUUAAAAUAUACCGAGC